CAAUUCACACAACAAUAGCGCGGUCUCCUUAUCUCAUCCUGUGGGUUAUGGUACCACCACCUGGCAGCCUCUCGGGACUUAUCGACUUAGCGCGACAUACCGUGUUCCUGAGGCACAGCGACGGCUAGCUGGGGAAUAUCGACCUGCAGAGGUGACCUGUCACGUCCAGGCACUUCCUGUACCAGAGAUUGUCUUCAGAUACCAGUGAAAAUGAGGCGAAGUCAAGUGAAGAGCCGCUCCUAAGAAAGAGUUCUCGCCGUUUUGUCAUCUUUCCAAUCCAGUACCCCGAUAUUUGGAAAAUGUAUAAACAGGCACAGGCAUCCUUCUGGACAGCAGAAGAGGUUGACUUAUCAAAGGAUCUCCCUCACUGGAACAAGCUUAAAUCAGAAGAGAAGUAUUUUAUCUCUCACAUCUUAGCCUUUUUUGCAGCCAGUGAUGGAAUUGUAAACGAAAACUUGGUGGAGCGCUUUAGCCAGGAGGUACAGGUUCCAGAGGCUCGCUGUUUCUAUGGCUUUCAAAUUCUCAUCGAGAAUGUUCACUCAGAGAUGUACAGUUUGCUAAUAGACACUUACAUCAGAGAUCCCAAGAAAAGGGAAUUUUUAUUUAAUGCAAUAGAAACAAUGCCAUACGUUAAGAAAAAAGCAGAUUGGGCCUUGCGAUGGAUAGCAGAUAGAAAAUCUACUUUUGGGGAAAGGGUUGUGGCCUUUGCUGCUGUAGAGGGUAUUUUUUUCUCGGGAUCUUUUGCUGCUAUAUUCUGGUUAAAGAAGAGAGGUCUUAUGCCUGGACUCACUUUUUCCAAUGAACUCAUCAGCAGAGAUGAAGGGCUUCACUGUGACUUUGCUUGCCUGAUGUUUCAAUACUUAGUAAAUAAACCUUCAGAAGAAAGGGUCAGGGAGAUCAUUAUUAAUGCUGUAGAGAUUGAGCAGGAGUUUUUAACAGAAGCCUUGCCAGUUGGCCUCAUUGGAAUGAAUUGUGUUUUGAUGAAACAGUACAUUGAGUUUGUAGCCGAUAGAUUACUUGUGGAACUCGGAUUCUCAAAGGUGUUUCAGGCAGAAAAUCCCUUUGAUUUUAUGGAAAACAUUUCUUUAGAGGGGAAAACAAAUUUCUUUGAGAAACGAGUUGCAGAGUAUCAACGUUUUGCUGUUAUGGCAGAAACCACAGAUAAUGUCUUCACCUUGGAUGCAGAUUUCUAAAACCCUCCCCAUAUCUUAACCUCUCAUUGGUAAAUAGCAGUCUGUUUUUCUCUCUCUGCUUUUGUACCUCAAGUAUCUUCUUUAAGAAAAUAGGAGUUUGCUCAAAAGGAAACCCAAAACCAAAUUUCCAUCACAUUGGAUUUCUAUAAGUACACUACUUUUCCCAUUAACAACCAGAGUGUAAGCUAAAUGCUUUUAUUUUAUUACUGAAAUGUAAGAUGGCAUUAACUAGUGGUUAAGAGCUUGGGGUGAUGGACCAGAUAGGAGUUUAAGAUUCUGCUCUUACUACUUUGUGUGACUUUUGGCAAGUCAGUUAAUCUCUCUAAACUUCAGUGUUCUUAUCUUUAAAAUGGGUAUAAUAGUAAUUCCUACCUCAUAGAGUAUAUAUGAGGAUUAAGGUGCACAUUAAGUGUUAGCCAAUACUACUGCUGUUACUAAUUAUAAUAAUUAUUAUUGAUAAUAAUAAUUGCAGUGAUGUUGUGAUAAAAUGCUCCCAUCUUCUCAAAAUAAUUGUGAUUCUAGGUCCUAAGAUCUAGAAUUAUAUCUUUGUAUUUUUAAUGUUUGAGGGAAGAAUGUAGGGAUUUCCUUAUGAAGAUUAUAAUUCUCAUUAACUUGAGAAUAACUUCUUUGAACUCCUAAUUAUGAAGUAGAAGAACUGAGUUCUUUGUUGCUUUGGGAGAGAUGCUCAGGGAAUGGAAUCCUGGAAAUUAUCUUGGUGGUUGACCUUGUAAGUAGCUAUUUUGAACAGAAAAUUAAAAAGGGGCAUCUGUUAAAAUAGAAAAUGAUUCUAUUCCUUCAGAGAUUAAAAGGGUAACUAACCAGACUUAGCCCUGGAGUGUUUAGGAUCAGGGAGAAAUUAGCUAAAACAGCAUUUCCAAGUGCUGUUAGCACCUCUAGAUAAUUUUGUGUAGGAAAAAAGGGAUUCAGUGUCCAAACUAACAACACACUGCAUUCCCCUUUAGAAUGUGUAGUCAGUACAUCAAAUAUUCUGAGAAAGUUUGCAGUACAUAAACUUAUUUUACUCCACAUAUUCCAAACUUAUUUAACUCAGAUGUGUUUUUCACCUGUAAACAUCUCACCUAACCCAGUGUUCUUCAGAACACAGUUUGGAAGAAGCUGGCCUAGAACCAUUUACAUGUGUAAGAAGGGCUUGAGGACUAAUAAAAGGACAAACUGGAAGGGAUUUUUGAACCAUUUCACAUUUGUGCCAAACUGACUAAUGUACCUAUGACUGACCUCAGCAAUGUUUCUUUAUAUUCUUAAAGCUCUUUCUGCUAUUAUGGUUCUUUCUUAUUACGUUUAAUGGUUCUUUAAAUGGAUCAGCCUGUGUGCUACAUGAUAGCAGACAGUGAGAGAGACUGAGGAAAGGCCAGGAGUGUCUGAGAAAUCUACUCCCUCUUUAUCUUUAAGAAGUGUCAAGAGGAAGCCUGAGCCACAUCAAGCAGUGUGGUUCCCCACUUACAGCCAACUGUAGUUUAUAAAAAUUCUGGAAGCUAAAGUCUAGAGAUGUUUUUAUUUUUGCAUAAAAUUUUACACCAUUCAUUCCAUAGCUAUUGAAUUGAUCACAACUGAAGGAGUUUUCAAGUGAAUGCAAAGGAGCAGGCCAUGACAUCAUUUAUUAGACAAAGAGAAUAUCAGAAACUUGAGAUACUUUGACUUAUGGUAAUACCAUUUUUUUUGUACAGUGCUUCACAGUUUGUCAGAUGUUUUAAAAUCAUCUCAUUUGAUCCUCGCAACAGCCUUGUGAGCUUGAGAGAACAGAUACUAUUUAAAUUUUACACGUGAAAAGAGUGAGGCUCAGAGAAGUUAAGUGACUUGGCCAAGAUCUGCUCUUAGUCACUGUCCCUUCAGUAUAAUUUUUUUCUUAGAAGUUAUUACAUAACUUCUUAUCUUAUAUUUAGUUCUUUACGUUAUAUUAUGGUUAGUUCUUUGCCAUCCAUCUUGAUUUGAUUUUGCCUGUUUCCUUGUUAAAGUAUCAUAUCUUUAAUUAAAGUAUCAUAUACAUUUAUUAACUUAUCGAAGUAUCAUGGAGAAACAUUUGAACUAUAUUCAGGAAAUAUGUUCAAAAAUAUUUAUAUACCACCAUACAAAAACUUAGAGAUAUAAAACCGAUGAUAUCUGCAGUGAAAUAAGAAUGAAAGAAAAAAGAGUUUUACAGGGCAUGUACCCUUUAAAAAAAAAAAAAAAUCCAGGUCCUUCUCAUAGGAAUGGCAGGUGCCCUAAUUGGAAGCUUAUAUAUAGUAGCAACAAACCUUACUGUAUUCAGUUGAAGUUUAACACUGAAAUAGCAGAUUAUUAAUACACUGAAUUUAUGACAUUUGGUAUUAUAUAUUCUUCUUCAGGCCUCCAGGUUGUUGAUAUUUAUUUUAUUAUGUUCUGUACUUAGGCUCUUAUUUCUUAAGGAUUAAUAGGUUGUGGAAGUCUCUUUUUAAAUAUUAUUGUGCAAGAAAAAAUUCAGAGUAUGUUUAUAACUGUUCUUUCCUUUUAUGGCACAUAUAUUUAAAUCAUUGCAAUAGUAAAGUUAAGUUCAUUAUGUAAGAAUGUAAAAAUUUGUAUGUCUAUGAUAGAUUGAAUUUAUUAAAAAUGUUUUAUCAUAUUGUGUACAGCCAUGGCCUUGAGGGACUUGGGAAGACAGUUUGGUCCAGUGCUUUCAGAUAAGCCUGGGUUUUGUUGUCCAGUGAUAUACUGUAAUGAACAAUUACUCUUACAACAUAAGGUUAUUGCAAUCAUGUCUUAACAUAUGAAAUCAUUAGCAUAGUUUCAUUUUGGAACAUCCAAAUUUUUCUACUCUCUUUGGCAUUUGUAUUUCAUUUGUUCAUGAAAAAAAUGAUUAUUGAGAAAACAUAGUAGUCUACCUAUUUAAAGAAAAAUUAUUUAUUAUUCAGCAUUUUGCAUCUUACAUUUAAAUAUGCUAACAUCACUGUCACAGAAUUCCAAAAUUUCAGUUGUAUAUAGUAAGCUAAAGGGUAAAUAUAGCUAACUUUUAAUGAUUAAAAAAAAAAAACAAAAAACUGCUGAUGGGCUGCCUGAAAGCCAAAU